AUGUCAAUGCUAAAACUGACCUCCCUCGCACGGCUAUAUCAACUCUCUUGGAACCAGAGCAGAGGAGUGUGGGGCGUGGGAUGGUUUGCAGAUCUGGAAUUUUGCGAUCUGUACAACAACUGUGGGGAUAACGCAUACUGCGUAAUGAAGUCCUUGGUAUCCAAGGGGUGUGCCUGUAUCCAAGGUUAUGAUCCGAUUGGACCAAACAUGACGAGUGGGGCCGGGUGCGUGAGGCAGACGUCUUUAACCUGUGGCUCCGACCAAUUCGUGCCCCUUGUGAACAUGAGUUUCCCGUAUGCUCUCAACAUUGUUCAGUUGGACUCUGUCAAAGACUUGCAAGGUUGCCGGAUGGAGUGCAUAAAGGACUGCAGGUGCGUUGCAUUCUCCGUGUCCAGCAGCUUUCACUUCAACUCUUCCUCGUGUACUUAUUGGAUGGACAAGAUACAAGAUCUGCGUCAAUACAUGAACGAAAACGGUAUCACUCUCCAUGUGAAACUCAAUGGGAAGAAGAAGAAGAAGAAGAAGACUGGAUUGGCGAUCGGUCUCUGUCUUGGACUCGCGGCCUUGUUUUUCCUCGGUUUGGCUUUCUAUUGCUGCUGGAAAAAAUGGAAGCACCAGACUCUUGUGGCGCGCGAGACUGAGCUUUCGGCUGUAAGGGAAAGCAGCGGAGGCCAUACGGAGCUAAUCGAGAAUGCACCGCUCCCGCCUAUGGAAUUCGAAGCCAUUCUACGAGCCACUGACAACUUCGCCAUCGAAAUCGGCGAGGGCGGAUUCGGGAAAGUCUACAGGGGACGGCUGCCGGACGGUAGAGAAAUCGCGGCGAAAAGGCUUUCUGACAGCUCAAACCAAGGCAGGGCCGAGUUCAAGACGGAGGUCAUGCUUGCCGGAAACCUCCAGCACCUCAACCUUGUCAACCUUAUUGGUUGGAGCACGCAUGGGGACGAGAUGGUGCUUGUGUAUGAGCUGCUCCCAAAUGGAAACCUCGAAACCCAUCUCUUUGAUCAAAGCUCCCGUGCGCUUACUUGGCAGAUGAGAUACGAUAUCAUCAAGGGCACUGCUCGCGGUAUGGCCUACCUACACCAUGGGUCUCGAUUUGUCACCGUCCAUCGGGACCUCAAACCGUCAAAUAUAUUGCUUGAUGGAGAUAUGUUGCCAAAGAUCUCGGACUUCGGGAUGGCCCGAGUCGUCCAAAGGGACCAGAACCAAGACAACACGAGGCGUACCGUUGGGACUCAGUAA